CCCAUUUUGUAAAUUAAAAAUCGCUUUCGCCCGCUAUUAAUGAAGGCGAAAUGAUUCAAAUGGUUUUAUCGGUUUUGAGCGUUUAAAAUUAAAUUAAAAGUCCAUUUGUUCUAUAAAGUGGAAUCAAAAAUACUUGCUGCUGAGAUAUAACUUUCCGAAAAUAUGAAUCAGUUCAGUGUAACGGAUCCAUUAAAAUGAACGCGGGCUGGCGGCUGAAUGUGAUUCCAUUGUUUAUUUGGAUGAUCCUGAUGGGCAAUGUUCGGGCAAAGAUGGAUGCCUACUUCACCAAGAUGGAGUGCGUGAAUCAUAUGCCUCAACUAAUGAAAAAUGUCAGCUGUCAUUUGGAUGGCAACAGAACAUUCUCCGUGGAGCUUUCGUUGGCCCACACGGUAAAAGAUGUCAAUGGAACAUAUAUUUUGGGUGUAAAGCGUGGCUCAGCGGUAUCCAACUAUAUUACCAUGGAUAUCAAUUAUUGCGAGGCUCUCGAAGCAUUAUAUUCAAAUUAUCUGAUCAAAAUGAUUGCCGAAGAAUUACGACGCGCUGGAAAUUUCCCAAAUCAUUGCCCCUUCAAAAAGGAUACACCAUUCUAUAUCAAGGACUACACAAUCGAUACAAGGUUGAUACCAAGCUAUGUGCCCGAAAUUGACUUCAUAUCGGACUGCACUAUUAAAAUAUACAACAAGAAGGCGUUUCAAUUAAUCCUGUAUGGUCGCGUAGUUCGCCAAAAAUCGGGUCGUUGAAUACAGAUCAUAUUUACUUGCAAUAAAAUAAAU